UAGCAUGAUGCAUGAAAGAAGGAUUUUAGUCACAUCUAAGAAAUUAAGUAGGCUCAGUGCCUGCGUUCAAGCUGCAAAUGCUUUAAUAUAUCCGAUGCAUUGGCAGCAUAUUUUCAUUCCAGUUCUUCCAAAACAUCUAACAGAUUAUUUAAGUGCCCCUAUGCCAUUUUUGAUUGGUAUUCCUUCAGCAACAUUGUCGAGAAUGAAAUCAGCUGAUAUGGGAGAUAUUGUCUUUCUGGAUGCUGAUGAAAAUAAAAUUGAAACUCCUUUUGCUGAUCUUGAUGCCUUACCUUCAGAUGUUCUGCAGUGUUUGCGACAUGACUUGAAACAUCCACAAGAGAUGCUGGGUGAUGCUGUCGCAAGAGCUUUUUUAAAAGCAUUAGUAAAACUCAUUGGUGGUUACUGGAAUGCUUUAAAACUUAAACCUGGUGAAAAAAUUACAUUUAGUCCAGAGCUUUUUGUUCAAACAAGGCCAUCUUCAAUGCAGCCUUUUUUACAGAAGAUGCUGGAAUUACAGAUAUUUCAACAGUUUAUAGAGAGUAGGUUGAAGAAAUUGAAUGCUGGCCGAGGUGUAAGUGAUGAAUUUGAAUUUGAGUUAACCGCGCAUGAAGAUAAAACUAGUUUUCGCUUAAGAAAUCAGUACAGAGACUGGGUUUCAAAUAUGAAAAAAGAAGGGGGAGCAUUCUUUAAGCAUGUGAAAACUAAGGUGAAAGAUACAAGCAAAAAAGCAUACAAAGACAUUCGCUCACGAAUACAUGAUAUUCAUAAUCAGAUGACUAUUCAAGAUGAUAUUCCAAAUGUUCCUAAACGUCGGGGAAGUGUGCCAACAUCUCUAGACGUACACAGUGCCCAUCAUCGAAAGCAGCACAUUAUCAAAGUUUGUAAUUCUCCUUGAUCUGUCUUUAAGAUA